ACACACACACACAGCCAUACACAGGCACACACACACACACUCAGCCAAAAAACAGUCGAGAAGCAGCAACAGUAGCAUCGAAUACAUAAGCGCUGAAGACGAAGUCACAUAAGCACGAAAAGUGAAAGAAAACUUGGAAGCAUAUUUCAUAAGUUUAGACACACACACAUAUACAGUUGCUAUAAGCAUAUAGUACUAGUUAUACAUAUAUAUAACAUCGCCUGGAGUCAGUUGGAGCGUCGCAGAGUCGGAGGCAAGUCGCAUAUGUGAGAGACAGAGGCGAACGCACGACCUUUGGCACAGAGUUCAGCAACUGCAACAAAGGACACAGACACGGACAUAAAACACACACCGAGCGGCGAGGUCAACAAAUCAAUAGAAACAAAGCGAGAAUAAAAGAGGGCCAGGCCAGCAAGCAAUUGCCCGCCAGCAAUCCAAGCGGCAGCAGCACAAGCAGCAACAACCACAACUGUUAGCAAAGAUAUAAAAAUUCACUCGCAAAUUAUGUUGGCCAUGUCAACUUUGAUGAUGCCAGCGCCAACUAUAGCCAUGGGUGCUCCGCAGAUCACGAUGGGCCACAAGCCACCGGAAACGAAGCUGCUGGCCAUACAUCCAGCUGCAGCAGCAGCUGCUGCCGCUCAGCAACAACAGCAACAACAGCAGCAGCAACAGCAACAGCAAAGCGUUGCAGCUGGCCAUCUACAGCACAACGGCAAUGGACAGCAGCAACAUGCACAGCAAUUGCAGCAGCAGCAGAUCGUUGGCAGCAACACGAAGCCAGAACAGUUUCACAUCUUUGUGGGCGAUCUGAGCGCCGAAAUUGAAACGCAACAGCUGAAAGAUGCAUUCACGCCAUUCGGAGAAAUAUCAGACUGUCGCGUUGUGCGCGAUCCACAGACGCUGAAAUCAAAGGGCUAUGGAUUUGUGAGCUUUGUCAAGAAAUCGGAGGCCGAAACCGCCAUCAACGCCAUGAACGGACAAUGGCUCGGCUCGCGCUCAAUACGCACCAACUGGGCCACGCGUAAACCGCCAGCCACCAAGGCAGAGAUGAAUCUGAAGCCGUUGACCUUUGAUGAGGUCUACAACCAGAGCAGCCCCACCAAUUGCACUGUCUACUGUGGCGGCAUCAAUGGCGCGCUCUCCGGCUUUCUGAACGAGGAUAUAUUGCAAAAGACCUUCGCACCGUUUGGCAACAUACAAGAGAUACGCGUCUUUAAGGACAAGGGCUAUGCAUUUGUGCGAUUCUCCACCAAAGAGGCGGCCACACACGCUAUCGUUGCUGUCAAUAACACGGAAAUCAACCAGCAGCCGGUGAAGUGUGCGUGGGGCAAGGAGAGCGGCGAUCCCAAUCACAUGUCCGCCAUUGCCGGCCAGGCCAUAGCACAAGGAUUCCCCUUCGGUUCGGCUGCGGCCGCAGCUGCUGCCGCCGCCGCCGCGUACGGACAGCAAGUGGCCGGCUACUGGUAUCCACCGGCUCCCACAUAUCCCACAGCAGCGCCAGCCGGCACCUUGCAGCCAGGACAGUUCCUCCAAGGCAUACAGGGCUUCACCUAUGGCCAGUUCGCAGGCUAUCAGCAGGCCAGCUACAUGGGCAUGGGCGUUGUGCCCGGCACUUGGCAGAGCGUGCCGGCCCAGCCGCAAUUGACUAGCGCGGCAGCCGCUGCUGCUGCAGCUCCGCAGUUAACACAGAGCGUGCCACAGGCGGCUGGCGUGGUGGCCUAUCCCAUGCAACAGUUUCAGGUUAGUCCGCAGUUGGCAGAGGGACGAGUGGCUGGCGCCGCCGAGUCUGCUGGUGUAGCUGCCAUGAGCGGUGGCCAUGUAUCCCACACAGCAGCAGCAGCAGCAACUGGAGCAGCCACCUGGCGGCGAUUAUGUGAAGGAGCCGCGCUACCAGCAACAACAGCAACAACAACAGCAAGCACAACAGCAACAGCAACAACGCCAACAGCAACUGCAGCCAACACAAGCGCAGUACUACGACUUGCAGCAGCAGCAGCAACAACAACAACAGCAGCAACAAUACCAACAAAAACAGCAACAGCAAACACACUAUGCAACUGCAGCACAACUGUAUUAUCCGCAGACUCAGUGGGUGAUGCCGCAUCAAGAGCAGCAACAGCCGCAACAGCAGCAGCAACAAUUGCAGCUGCAACCACCACCAACAGUAAAUCAAUUAAAUCAAGUUUAUGGAGUUGCCGAAAUGUACAAAGAUUGAAAUUCAUCUGCUUCGUCAACAGCUAACAAAUAAAAUAUUUAAUUGUUGCUAACGAGUUGAGAGCAACUGAAAUUGCAUGAAGCCAAAAAUUCAAUAAAGUCUAAAUUCUUCUGUGUGUUGUGUUUAUAAGUUUGGCAGCUAGAGCAGCAGAGAGUCUAAAUUGUUAAUUUUAUAAACAACAUAAAUUGCAUUGACUGAAUUGAAAGACAAAAUUUUGUUUCGCAUUUAACUGCAAAAUAUCAAAAAUUAUUAUGGCAUCAACCCCAAAACUUAUUUCUGAAUUCUAGUCAAAGGAACCAAAGAAACGAAAGCAACAUAGCAAAGCGUACCAAAGUUAAGUAAAUUGCAAGCAACUUAAAUAGUUAAAUGUAAAGAAAAACAAAAAAACAGUCAAAGCGUAGUAAAUGUGCACAUAAGCGUAGUUCGAAUUAGGAUUAAGGCAAAAACACGCAAAAUAUGUUAAACUAAAGUAAAAUAAAAUCAGCUGCAUGACAUAAAAACAAAGCAAACAAACGAUAAAAAAAAACAAAUGAUUGUAGUCUGUAGACUUCUACAAUUUAAGCAGCAAAGUGUAUGAAGUGGCAAAGUUUAUCCUGCCAAGCAAAAUUAAUGUAAAUUGUUAAGAACUCAAUGCGCAAAAACCGCUACAAGAGGCAAACUUAGUGAAAAUAUUUAGAGAAUGAUGAAAGUGAAAUAUAUAUGAAAAAAAAAAUCGUAAUAUAUAUAUAUACUAUAUAAAAAACACACAAGUAAAGCAGCGUCCAUGACGUCAUGUGCAACGUGUAGCAAAAGCAAAAACUACAAAGUUUAGUCAAUGUUUAGUUAAGAUUGUAACUGUAACUAUAAAUACU